AUGACUUCUUCAACACUUAAUCCACCAGGAACUUAUUUAACAUCACCUUAUUCAAACACUUAUUCCUCUGCUCAACAACGACCAAAUCAACCAACGUACCAACCACCAACUAUGCCAAAUAUUUCACAACAAUCUUCAUUUGGAAUAAAGUCAACAUCACCUUAUUCAGCACAACAAUCAACAUACACAGCACCACAAAACCCUAGCUAUCAACCACAACAAAACUACCAAGGUGUUUAUUCAACACCUCAACAAUAUCCUUCUCUUCAGAAAGAACAAAUUCUUAACCAAAUAGAAGUAAAUAUCUUUGAUCUUCAUCCCCCUUCAGUUCCUGCUUGGGAAUUAUCAGAACAACGACUUCCUCAACCACCAUCAUUUGAGCUUCAGAAGAAGUGGUAUUUCCCAAUCAUUCAAUCCAUUAAACCACAACAAUUUUCACAAAUUAUUGCUUGGUUUAAUCAAGUGGAUAAAGACCAUAGUGGUACAUUAGAGAUUGACGAAAUUAGUACAGGAAGUUAUCCUGGAUGUAUUCGUUUAUCUCCACAAACAGCACUUAGAUUUAUGAGGAUUUUCGAUACCUCUAGAACUGGUCAUUUGAACAUUUAUGAGUUCAUUGCAAUUUAUCGUUAUCUAGAAAUUUGUUAUGCUUUAUUCAAUGCAUACAAUGGAAGUGGUUCAGAAAUUAUUAAAUCACGACUUACUGGUCUUGGUUUUAUUGGAGCCACUCAAUGCACUGUUGAUAUAUUGUCUAAAAUCUUUUCAUAUAACAACACAAUGGACUUAAAUAAUUGGGUUGCUUGUGCUGCUUUUGUCCUUCAAUCAAGAGCAAUCUAUCAAGACCUCCUUGACCAAGGACUAAUGCAAAGAACCCAAAACCCUCAAGAUGCAACAAAAAUUUUAGAUUCAAUUACUCUUCUCAUCGACAAAUAA